CCUCCACAGCCGUGAAGAGCAGGCAGCCCCUGUGGGGGUUGAAAGAGAUGGAGGAAGAAGAUGGCUCAGAGUUGGAUUUUGCCCAGGGAUUACUGAGUCUUCAGUUACUAGAAAGGAAUCAGCCACUUUGUGUUCACCACCUCUGGGGAGGGUAUGAGAGGAGAGAAGGCAGUGGCUGUUUGGCUGCUGACAACAUGAAGACUUCCUGCGAUGAGAACAGAGGCACAGGUGCCAGCCCUGCAGCCCCCAGAACCCAGACUGGAGGGGGCCAUGGGGCGCCGGACCCUGGCCCUGUCCUGGGUGCUGCUGACCCUGUGUGUCACUGCGGGGACCCCAGAGGUGUGGGUGCAAGUUCAGAUGGAGGCCACCGAGCUCUCGUCCUUCACUGUCCAUUGUGGGUUCCUGGGGUCUGGCUCCAUCUCCCUGGUGACUGUGAGCUGGGGGGGCCCCAAUGGUGCUGGGGGGACCACGCUGGCUAUGUUGCACCCAGAACUUGGCAUCCGGCAAUGGGCCCCUGCUCGCCAGGCCCGCUGGGAAACCCAGAGCAGCGUCUCUCUUGCCCUGGAAGGCUCUGGGGCCAGUAGCCCCUGCACCAACAGCACCUUCUGCUGCAAGUUUGCAUCCUUCCCUGAGGGCUCCUGGGAGGCCUGUGGGAGCCUCCCGCCCAGCUCAGACCCAGGGCUCUCUGCCCCGCCGACUCCUGCCCCCAUUCUGCGGGCAGACCUGGCCGGGAUCUUGGGGGUCUCAGGAGUCCUCCUCUUUGGCUGUGGCUACCUCCUUCAUCUGCUGUGUCGACAGAAGCACAGCCCUGCCCCUAGGCUCCAGCCGUCCCACACCAGCUCCCAGACACCGAGAGCACGAGUAUGGGCACCCAGCCAGGCCUCCCAGGCUGCUCUCCACGUCCCUUAUGCCACUAUCAACACCAGCUGCCGCCCAGCUACUUUGGACACAGCUCACCCCCAUGGGGGGCCAUCCUGGUGGGUGUCACUCCCCACCCACGCUGCACACUGGCCCCAGGGCCCUGCCGCCUGGGCCUCCACACCCAUCCCUGCAUGUGGCAGCUUUGUCUCUGUUGAGAAUGGAGUCUACGCUCAGGCAGGGGAGAGGCCUCCCCGCACUGGUCCUGGCCUCACUCUUUUCCCUGACCCUCAGGAGCCCAGGGCCAUGGAGUGAUGCUUAGGAGUUCAAUGA